AUGGAUGACAAACUUAAUGUAACAGAUAUAACUCUUGAUGGGCACGUGGAAGUCUACAGAUACAGAUAUCUUUAUUUUGUGAUCAUGUUUACAGUGUAUAUUCUAAUUAUCUGCAGUAAUUCAACCAUCAUUUGCCUCGUCUGGAUUCACCAAAACCUCCAUGAGCCCAUGUACGUUUUCAUUGCAGCCUUGUCACUGAACUCUGUUGUUUUCAGCACUGCAAUGUACCCAAAGUUGUUAAUUGACUUUUUAUCUGAAAAACAGAUCAUUUCUUAUUCCACCUGUCUCCUUCAAUUUUUUUUAUAUUACUCUUUAGGCGGUUCUGAAUUCCUAUUGUUGGCAGCCAUGGCCUAUGACAGGUAUGUGUCUAUAUGUAAACCUCUGCAAUAUCCGACUAUCAUGAGAAAAGCCACUGUGAGGGUUUUUCUGAGUUUAGCUUGGCUUGUUCCUGCUUGUCAGAUUGCCGUUGUAGUAAUAAUGAGUGCCGAUAUGAAACUGUGUAAUUUAACUUUAAAAGGAAUUUUUUGUAACAAUUCAAUUUACAAUCUCCACUGUGUGAGCUCGAGAGCACGAUCUGUAUUUGGUGUUGUUGCUUUGACAAACAUUGCACUUUUCCCACUGCUCUUCAUACUUUUUACAUACACUAGGAUACUUAUAAUAUCUUAUCAAAGUUGUAAAAAUGUAAGAAAAAAAGCUGCACAGACCUGUUUACCUCACCUGUUGGUUUUAUUCAGCUUCUUCUGUUUGUGUGCGUACGAUGUUAUCACAGUUCGACUGGGUUCUGAUUUUCCAAAAACUGUACGUUUAAUAAUGACUUUACAGGCGGUUCUCUAUCAUCCACUCUUCAAUCCAAUUAUAUACGGACUCAAAAUGAAAGAAAUCUCUAAACACCUGAAGAGGUUGUUCUGUCAAAGUAAAGUGAUGUGA